CGAACCCCCAUGCCCCGCAUUAGGUCCGAUCCUUGCUGAUGAUGGUGAUAAGUUGAGGAAUAUGAAGGGUAGGAUGAAGCUGAGGCAAGGGGCUCAACAACUCUCUGGGGGGCGGACGAUAGAGCAAUCUACUGUGGAGACGAAUACAGGUGGUGACAAUGUGCAGCUGCAGAUCGCGUCAAGUCUCCAUCCUGUGGAUCCUGAGUUUGACAAGAUGCGUAAAAUGAUGGUCCACAGGAUUUCGGAGUUACUGUCAAGGGAUCGUGAGGAACGUUCUAACCAGGUGUCAGGCCUGGCAAAACGGCUUGAGACACUUAUAUACAGGGAAAAUCGAACCAAGGCUGCCUACUCCAUUAUAUUGAAUGGAGAAAUUCAUUCAUAUCUGCAACACAUUAUUGUGACCAAUAUACCCCAAGUUCAGCAAUAUCAACAAAUGAAGAAGCAGUUAACAUCUUCUUCCAGUUAUGGGACAGCAAUUCCAAGACCUGAUGUGGUUCAGAGUACAAGUGGAAAUGCUAGAGCAUCUUAUGAGAUGGACAAAGCAAGUGGUAACUUGAUGGCAGGUUCCAUGUCUAACAAGUACCACGACUCUUCUACCAAUUUCCCACUACAUUCCACCGCUAACGGUGCCUCAUUGGUGAUGAGUGCAGUGAACAUGCAAGAAAGGCAUGCAACUCAUAUGAUCCGAACUUCAGGAUCUAGCAAUCAACAAAGUUUAGCUGCCAAUUGUCAGUAUUCAAGUGGAGCUGGAUACUUGAAUGGGGAAUUGAAUGUCAUGGUACAGAUGCAACAGCAACAGGGGCCAUUUGCUAGUAAAAAUAAUUGCUGUCUGGUGCAGCGUGAUCUUGAAGGCUAUGCUGAUUCUGGGGUACAUUCAGACAUUCUGGACAUUUCGUCCUCAUGUGGUUUAUCGGAAGCAUACAUGAUUGGUGGAAUGGGGUUAAAUAGGCCAAAUGUGCAGCUCAUUAACAGAACUGUGGUACCAGAAGCAUUAAUUAACUCAUCUCCUUAUGGAAGCUCACCCAGUAAACCUUUUCAGUGGCAAGUUAAUCGUCCUACACAGAGUACAUCAACUCCAGCUGAUUUAGCUGUCUCAACAAGUUUUGUUGGCACUGGUUCUUCUGUCUUAUCAACUACGGGUAAUCGAGACAUGACUGAUGUAAAUUUGCUGCCUGAAUCAAGAAUGGAUUGUGGGUUGAUUGCAAGUCAGACAACCGUACAGCCCCUUCAAAGACAUCCUUAUAUAAAAGUUGAAGGAUUGGAUCUGCAAGAAAUGUUAUCUCUUGAACAGCUGCAACAGCAGGCAAAUCAGUCGCGUCUUAGUCAGCCUCAUUCCCUGAUCCAGCAGCAAAAUUCACAGAUCCAUCAUGUUAUGUCGAGGGGAAACUUUUUGAUGCAACGCCAGCUUGGUUCUGAUCAUGCUGAGAAACAGUUGGACCAGAGAAAUCAAUUGCACAGUGAACUGAUGUCUUCACAAAUAAACGAGCAUGUUGACCUUCCAAAUCUCCAGCGCCAUUGCACACAAACACAAUAUCAUGAUAAUUAUAAAAAGGGCCAAAUGUCUGCCAGUUCUCAAAACCUUGGCACCCCUCAUGAUUUGUUGCCUCCACAACAGCAAUGCAAGGAUGGUUCAAACCGUCCCAGUUGUUUCUUGACAGAAACAUACACUAAACCAUUGGAAUCACAUUGUAGAUUAAAACCGACGAAAGAAGUGCAUGAGACUAGUGUUCUGAAUGGAGAGAUCCAGGAUGGUUUUUGUCAGAGAAAAACGGUACAAGAUAAAGGGCAUCAUCCUGUUUUAUCUGAUUGGCACAAUGAUGGAUGUGAUGUGACUUCAGUUGAUCCUAGAUUGUCAAAGCUGCGAACUAGACGAUCUGACCAGGUCAAAGAAAACGAGAAAUACUACCAAAAUCAGGCACGUUUGAUACUAUUUUUGGUCCAUGCAAAAUCAUGUCCAGCUCCUCGAGGAAGCUGUAAAUCUCUGUAUUGUGAUCGUGGACGGAAGUUAGUGAAUCAUUUGAUGGGCUGUCAAACAAAAGAGUGUAUAUUUCAACACUGUAGGGACUCAAAGAAGGUAUCUGAUCACUAUAAGACCUGUGUUAAUGCACAUUGUCCUGUUUGCAGCAAGGUAAAAGAAAUGUUGCGUCGCUCUUCUGAACAGGCACAUAAACAGAGUCCUGCUAAGCCUGUACUUGUUACCCCGCACAAUAUGAAUCAAAGAAUUACCAAUAGGGUACAUGUUGAUGGAAUAAACAUUGACCUGGUGGCAGUUGAAACAUUUGAUGACCAACCACCAGCAGCAAAGCGUUCAAAGUUGCAGACCGUGUCUACCAAUGCAACUGAGAAUGUCCCUGUUCGUCAAGAAAACCCAGGGUUUAUGUUGCAGGAAGUUCAUCCUAGACAGCUUUAUGAGAGCAAAAGGAUGGUCCCUAAUCAAGAACUAGAUGUAGGAAUUGAUACGCGACCUCCACAAGUUAAUUUAGUCAGCUGCUAUGGUAGUGAUGAAAAAAUCGGUGGUGCACAAACCAUGAGUUCUGGUGUUUUAAACGAGAUAUGUUGUCAUGUCCAGCAAGAAACCUCUGUGGCUGACAAAGAGAAGAGUGUGGCUGUUGUUGAUGUUGAGAGAAAAACAGGCUCUAUGGAUGUCAUGAUCUCUAAAACUGGGAAACCGAAGGUAAAAGGUGUUUCACUCAUGGAAUUGUUCACUCCAGAACAAAUACACGAACACAUCAAAAGUCUAAGGCAGUGGGUUGGUCAGAGUAAGUCUAAAGCAGAAAAGAACCAAGUGAUAGGAUAUUCUGAAAGUGCGAACUUAUGCCAGCUUUGCAAAGUUGAAAAGCUUAAUUUUGAACCUCCACCAAUGUAUUGUUCUCCUUGUUGUGCUCGGAUAAAACGAAAUGCAUCAUAUUACACUGGGUCUACUGCUAUGGGUCGCCUUUAUUUCUGUAUCUCGUGUUACAAUGCAUCUCUGGGAAAAACAAUUGAGGUGGAGCUUAUUAAACUCUCAAAGGCAGACCUUGAGAAAAGAAGAAACAAUGUUGAAACAGAAGAAGGGUGGGUUCAGUGUGACAAAUGUGAAUGCUGGCAACACCAGAUCUGUGCACUUUUCAAUGCCAGAAGAAAUGAUGUUGGACAAGCAGAAUAUACUUGCUCCAAAUGCUAUAUUGAGGAGUUAAAACGUGGUUUGCGCAUGCCUUUACCAGAAAAUGCUGUUUGUGGGGCCAAAGAUCUGCCAAGGACCCUGCUUAGUGACCAUAUAGAAGAACGACUUCUUAAACGACUCAGGGAAGAGAGACAGAAACGGGCAGAUAAGUUAAAGACAAGUUUGGGUGAGAUUCCCGGAGCAGAUGGACUUGUGGUCAGAGUUGUUUCAUCAGUGGACAAGAAACUGGAAGUCAAGCCACGAUUUUUUAAGCUUUUGCAAGAGGACAAUUAUCCAGCUGAGUUCCCUUACAAGUCUAAGGCUAUUCUUUUAUUUCAGAAAAUAGAAGGUGUGGAAGUUUGCUUAUUUGGCAUGUAUGUCCAAGAAUAUGGUGCAGAAUGCAAAUUCCCAAACCAACGGCGGGUUUAUAUAUCAUAUCUUGAUUCUGUUAAAUACCUUAGACCGGAUAUAGAAACAGUGUCCGGGGAAGCCUUACGGACAUAUGUCUACCAUGAAAUUCUGAUAGGUUAUCUUGAGUUCUGUAAGCAGCGUGGAUUCACCAGCUGUUAUAUAUGGGCUUGCCCUCCUACCAAAGGUGAAGAUUACAUUUUUUAUUGCCAUCCAGAGAUUCAGAAGACACCAAAGUCUGAUAAACUGCGUGAAUGGUACUUAUGUAUGCUUCAAAAGGCUAUUAAGGAGAACAUUGUUGUUGAGUUAACAAAUCUCUAUGAUCACUUUUUUGUCACUACAAAAGAAUGCAAGACUAAAGUGGCUGCAGCUCGCUUGCCAUAUUUUGAUGGAGAUUAUUGGCCAGGAGCUGCAGAAGAGAUCAUUAACCAACUUCUGCUUGAGGACAAUGGGAUGCUGCAGAAGAAGGGGAAUGCAAGGAAAAUUAUCACAAAACGAGCUUUAAAAGCUGUUGGCCACACUGAUCUAAGUGGGAAUGCUUCAAAAGAGGCCAUUCUGAUGCAAAAGCUCGGAGAAACUAUUUACCGAAUUAAGGAUGAUCUCAUCAUGGUCCAUUUGCAAUAUCCGUGCAGCCACUGCUCUAUCCUUAUGGUGUCUGGAAAACGCUGGGUCUGCAAUGAAUGCAAAAGCUUUUAUAUUUGUGACAGGUGUUAUGAUGCAGAGCAGCGGCUUGAGGAGGAGAAGAGGCACCCAAUUAAUAGAAGAUAUUCACAUACACUCCACCCAGUUGAAAUUGUUGGGGUGCCUGAAGAUACCAAGGACAGAGAUGCUAUCUUGGAAAAUGUUUUUUUUGACACCAGACAGGCGUUCCUGAGUUUCUGUCAAGGAAAAAAUUAUCAAUAUGACACCCUCCGCCGUGCAAAGCAUUCCACCAUGAUGAUACUAUACCACCUUCAUGAUCCGUCUGGACCAGCUUUUGUUGCCACAUGUAAUGUCUGCAAUCACGAUAUUGAGACUGGUCAAGGGUGGCAUUGUGAAGAUUGCCCAGACUUUGACAUGUGUGCUUCAUGUUACCAAAAACAUGGAGGUGCCAAGCAUCAUCACAAGUUAACAAAUAAUCCAUCAUCCUCAGGAAGUGGUGUUCAAAAUAAGGGAGCUUUGAAGAAACGUCUUCAGCAGACACGGGCAAUACUUGAACUUGCCACGCAUGCAUCAUCAUGCCAUCAUCCUAGUUGUCAAUACCCAAACUGCCGAAAAUUUAAGGAACUCUUUUAUCAUGGGGCGCAGUGCAAAGUACGACUAUCUGGAGGUUGUAAACGAUGUACAAAAAUGUGGUCUAUAAUUCGAUUCCACACCCAAUAUUGCAGACAAUCAGAUUGUCCUGUGCCAAGAUGCCGGGAUUUGAAAAGUCACAAAAGAAAAAUGGACCAGCUGUCCGAGUCCAGAAGGAGAGCUUCUGUAAAUGAAAUGGUGAGGCAAAGAGCUGCAGAAGUAGCUCAUCAUGAAUAAACCCAAAUUUACACAAACAGAAUCACUGUAAAUGAGAGAAACCAAACUUGUGGUCAUACUGGUGAUGUCACUUUUUCCCCCUAUUCGGUCAUUUCUAGCCAUGCUAUUUUUGUGCGCUUGACUGGAAGUGACUAAGGGUGCAUUGCAGCUGGUAAUUACUCGCCUACUCUGCUGUGGUAGCCUGAUGAUAACCAUUGUUUCCCCGUGUCGGUCGGGCGAUAUUGAUAACGCCCUUAAAACCAAGGGGAUAGCUGUUUCAUUUGUAUAGUGUUCCAUCCGUCUCAAAAUACAGCAAUUCUUUUGUACAAAUUUGAAUAAGAAAGGUUUCUAUAUUUUGGUACAGAAUGAGUAUGAUUUUGAUCUUGUUCAUCUUGAUCAUAUGUUAGGACUGCAUUGUGGACAGGCUCAAUUCAUGUCCAAAGUCCGCCAUGUUUUUGGGGGGCCUUAAUUUGGAAUGGUCUAUAGGAAAGAAACAGGGAUUAUGAGCCAUUCCAUUUGUUAAUCCCAGUCCCUACAUUUUUUUAAAUAAACCCCUGUAGGGUGAAUCCUUA